UAUUGCUUGUCAAAAUUUGUAAACUCAUUCCUUCAUGGAAAUUAGACCCAAGCAGUGAUGUACAUGUAAUCAAUUCAGAUAAAUUUUAGCCAAGUCAUGAUUGUUGUAUACAAAUAUGCAUCACGCUAUAUCGAUUUUUAUACCAUAAAUCUAACAACACUACAUACCGGUGCAUUGCUUUUACUGUAAGGAAUAAUUAUCAAGUAUUGUCUCCUUGGCAACAUACAUGUAAAAUAAAUGUAAAAAUUGAUACAAAUAUUCAAACUUAAUUAAGAUAAUACCUUUUCAUAUUCAUUUUCUAAUAGAAUCUUUUUUAAAACGCUACUUAAAUAACAGCGUAUCCAAAUGCUGCCAUACUUAAGGUAUUUGGACUACUAAAAUAGAUCUAUUAAAAACCUUGCUAGAGUAUCAUCGAUGAACCAAUCUGGCUCAUUGUUAACGUUGAUUGGGAUUAUUUUUUUCUUACACCGUACAAAUGUAUUUGCUUGCCAUUCCCUCUAGUGUUUAUAUUUUCAUUUCUCUGCAUGAAUGAUUCUUAUAGUGGGAUUUCGAAAUAUUUGGUUUUAACGCAAAUCGAAAGUAAACGAAGUUGGAUGGUAGUUCAAAUCCGGAAGAUCUUCUGAAUAAGGCUACAUGAUGAGUGUCGGGAACACAAGGGGUGUCAUUUGUAAUAGUUUGGGUAAGACCCCUCUUCAUCUGGCGGCGGAGGAGAGUGACGUGGACAAGAUGGAAGAACUGUUGUCUAUGGGUGGCUAUGAUGUUAACGCGCAGGAUUUUCGAGGCAAAACACCCUUGCAUUGCUUGUUUGACAAAAACAAGAUUGAUGACAUGACCAAUCUGGUGAGUGCGAUGUCUAUUCUCCUGAGGAAUGGUGCUGAUCUAAAUAUUAAAGACAAGUUUCAAGAUACACCAUUGCAUGAAGUUUUCUACAACUAUGACGCAUUUACACCAAUGAUUAUACGGUAUUUACUGAAAAACUCCAACGGAAAAUUCGAUAUAGAGUCUCGCAACAAUGUCGGGUAUAACAUAUUCUACAGGUUUAUGACUGGGUUUCGUGCCAGCUUGAGAGAGGAGGACGAUUUCCAACAGAUAGUAGAAGAUACAGAGUCAUUUAUCAACGAUUUCUUGGACGGCAAAAUAAUUCAACCUUGUCCCGUCAAACGUCUACUUAACACGAAAGACAACUACGGUUGUUCCGCAUUUCAACUGUAUAUCAAUCAGCUUGAUUACAGAGAAGAAACAAUAAAGAAAAUGAUUAAGAUGGGAGCCGAUGUCAACACCCAAUCGGCCAUUGGCGUGACACCUUUAAUGGAUGCUGUGUUAGAUAGGGUAGCUCCAUUAGCCGAGAUAUUGCUGCAGGCAGGUGCAGAUGUCAACAUCAGAGACAUAUUUGGUCAAACAGCACUUUUUAGAGUGCUUACUACUGACUGUUUUAACUUACUGAAACAACACGGGUCAGAUUUUACGAUCUGUGACAUCUUUGGCCGUCCACCAAUCACUGACGUGUACCUCUAUUCCCCCGAGGACUCCCCAAGAAGUGGAGUGAUCAUCUCAGAUUUUGCAUCGCAACGUCAGCCUGUGUAUAAAUUGUUUUUAGAGAAUGGAGUCAGUGUCCAUGCAAAAGACAAGUUCGGUUCCUCUCUUCUUCACUAUGCUGCGUGGUAUGGUGCUCAAGAAAUGGCCGAGGCUCUUAUUAAACAUGGCGUCCCUCGAAACGUCACAGACAACAACGGCAUUACUCCAGCUGAACUAGCUUGGAGAGUUGGGAAUUAUGAAUUGUGUAACUUUCUAUCUGACCAACCAAAUGAAGCUGGUUUAAAAGACCCAGUUAAAAGACAUUAUAUUAACUUGUUGGUAUAUCAUGAAGACGUUAAAAGCAUAAAUGAGAUUUUACCCGAAGUGGAAGACUUUCCAGAAAACCCUGCAGAACUGCUGAAUAAUCUUAUAUGCUCUCCAAAAACGGGCAUUGUGUUCAAAGAGUCUGAGGCCUAUGAAGUCAAAAAGGAAGUUUUAAAGUUGAUGAACAAAAUUGCCAUAUUGAUAAGCACAACUGAUCCUGCCUUUAGAUGUACGGUUUAUCCAACAGGCAGUUCUGAAGAUGGAAGCAAAAUUGGGGAAGCAGACGAAUUUGAUUUUACAUUUUGUCUCAAUUACUUUUCAGAAGAAUGUAUGCCCUAUCAAGAUGAAGAUAUGAUGGACACUGGUUUUGCAACAUUAAAACUGAAGUCGUUUCGUGAAUCUCACCCGUUGUUGCAGUAUUUAGCAGAUGAACAUGUCAUUGAGUCGUUUAUUGUUCGAGACACUUUCCAAGAUCUCUUCACAAACGCCGUUAAUAACCCUGAUACAUGGAAAGAAAAUAUUUUUUACUUUGACGGUCUGUUGAAAUUUCCAACAGACAAACCCAUUCUCAAUAUGGAGAUUCAUUGGUGUGGACCAAUAAUGAAGGAUAUCAUUAUCAGCAUCGAUGUGGUGCCUGCAGUGUGCUUUCCAAGAUGGUUGCCAAAGGAAAUGGAAACUAGAAAUCAGGACCUCGCUAUUCAGAGAGAAUCAAUCCAAGAUGAAUGUUUUCUCUUGUUUCAGCCUCCAGAAGUAAGAAACAAAGAAAGACGAAAAUACUUAAGAAUAUCACGAUUUUCCAGCGAGCUGCAAUAUCUGAAAAGUCUUCCUGAGGUAUAUUUGGAAAGUUAUGCAGCGGCAAAGAUACUUAUUAGCGACCGAUUCUGUCCAAGGUUAUUGUUCUCUGAAAAAUUUAACUUCGACGAAAUAUUUGUUGAUUCAUCUGACAAUACAAGUAGUUCAGACGAAGACCAGAGUGAAAAUUCAGAUAACAAUUGGACUAAAAAUAUGGAAAUUGUUGAAGAAAAUGAACAUUUGGAAAAUCAAGUGGUUGAAUCAGAAAUGUCAGAGGAUUCGAAAAGCGCAUGUUCCCAAGAUAGCGAGUCGUGUUCUGGUCUCAUUCAGGGAACUAUAUUGUACAAAAAUAGCGGCGUUUGUGAUCUCUCACGUUGUGUUAUUGAAGUCGAUGAAACUUUGCGGUGUACGAGACUAUUUACCCCAAAAGAAAACCAGCGAAUGGAAAUUUCAAAUCUUUCAUUUUACGUAGAAAAUGGUGGACUGCAAGCCAGAAAAUGCAGCAUAAUUCGAACUAUACAAAAGGAAACCAGUCGGUGGAUACAUUUGGGUCCUGCCUUAAACGUGCCUGAACACGAAUCGUUAGACAAAGUAGUAACAAAAAGUUUAACCAGCCAAGAAAACCAGAACCUGACAGUCGCCGAGUGGCUGGAACGCACUUUUCCAGCAAUCAAGAAAGCUUCAGAUAAUGAAUCCGUCUUAGAGGGCAAUGGUCAGGAUGGGAAUUGCAGAGUUAGUGAUAAAGACAAAGAUUGCCUUCCAGAACAGCCCGAGAUCCCAAACAUGGAUACUGAAAAUUGCUUGAAGAUGGGUCAAGACACUAUAAUGGGGACAUCAUCAAACGCUAGAUUAAUGGAAUUUACUGCUGCGGAUGAUAAAGACGUGUCUUGGGACGGGGGUGAAAUUAUAGAUGGAUACGAUACUAUAUCCAGUUAUAUGCUGAAGAACUGUCUAUUCUGUGUUGCAAACGACUUGAAAGACGCUGACAAAAAUAUCAGUCUUUUAGAUAUUACCAUUAAACUUUUUGAAAAACUGCAGAGCUGUGCUAAAGCAGAAAAACUUGAAUCCUUUUUCCUUCCGUACUUGAAUGUUUUUACUUUUGCAAACGAGCACAUCAAAAUGAUACCCGAAGACGAGGUUUUAGAAAGCACCAAGAUACAAUGUCACCGAAUACAAUUGUUCUGUGAGGUACUUCUAGGAAUAUUGAAACUAAAUCAACAAUAUACUAACAGAUGAAUUGUAAUCAUUAAUUGAUGUACAUUGUUGACCUUGGUAAAUAGCGUAAAAUAUUGCCUACAAUAUUCUUCUGAUGUUUUAAUAUUUUAGUUUUUAACCAUUCCAAAUUGGGAUCCUGCAUUCUGGGCAGAUAACAUUCUGUCACAACUUUACUUUACUGAAUGAAAUGUUGUUUAGAUGACACGACAACGACAUAUCUUUUUUAUGAUAUUUAUUUUUCAUUCCCAUUUUCACAAUCGUAUAUUAUUUCAUAAUAAGGUAAUGGAUAUGUAGGAUUUUUUUUGGGGGGGG